AUGGCGUUCUAUCGGGAUUGUAAAUGGGGACCUUGGCUAUUCAAGAAGAAUCUUAUAUACCUUUGCAUUGUUGGCUUGAUGCUCCUUGCAUUUGGCCUUAAUAUCAAAGCCGAGCAACCAGUCAGCCCAAUUUACAAGCGGAUCCUCAAGUGGAGCGAUGAAGAAGCUCAGACUUCGAAUACCGCCGUUACUUGGCAGCCCAAAGCAGGGAUCAAAUGGCAGAUCCAGUUGGAAAACCCAGUCGAUGACAUCUCCAUGGACGCCGAUGUCUUUGAUAUUGACCUUUUUGAUAAUACUCAUGCAACAAUCUCGAGGAUACACACCAAGGGUGCCAAAGUGAUCUGCUAUCUCUCUGCUGGGACUUAUGAAGACUGGCGCUCUGACGCGAGCAAAUUCUCUGAUUCAGACUUUGGCAACGAACUUGAGGACUGGCCAGGAGAGCGCUGGCUGGAUGUUCAUUCAAACAAUGUCCGCCAGAUUAUGAAAUCUCGUCUCGAUAUGGCACAGAAUAAGGGCUGCGAUGGUGUUGACCCAGACAACAUUGAUGCAUAUGGCAACGACAACGGUCUCGGUCUGACCGAAGCUGAUUCUAUCAAUUACUUGGAUUUUCUUUCGUCCGAGGCUCACUCCCGUGGCAUGUCUGUUGGGCUCAAAAACGGAGGCGACAUUAUUGCCUCUAUCAUCGAAAAAAUGCAAUGGUCUGUGAACGAGCAAUGUGCCCAGUAUGAUGAGUGUGAUGUAUAUGCUGCUUUUACGGAUGUCAACAAACCCGUGUUCCACAUCGAGUAUGUUGGAGACAUUGAUGUCAACAUGAAGAUCAAAACCCGCGUGACAAAUGAAGAGAAGUCCACGGUCUGCAACGUGAAGAGCGCGGAUAAGUUCUCGACUGUCAUCAAAAACAUGGACCUGGAUGCCUGGGUUCAGUAUUGCUAA